GGAGAUAAGCUGGUGGUGGUGGACUUCACUCUAUAGCAGACCCGCUAUAACAGAACCAGUAGACCCUCUAUAACAGAACCUACUAUGGAGGGCUUCGACAAGGCCCUGGAGGAGGCAGGAGAUAAGCUGGUGGUGGUGGACUUCACAGCCACGUGGUGCGGCCCCUGUCAGAGCAUCGCUCCUUUCUUCAAGGGUCUGUCUGAGAAUUAUCAGAGUGUGGUCUUCCUGAAGGUUGACGUGGACGACGCACCGGAUGUGGCCAGUUUCUGUGACAUCAAGUGUAUGCCAACAUUCCACUUCUACAAGGACCAGAAGAAGGUGGAGGAGUUCUCAGGGUCCAAUCAGGCCAAACUGGAGGAUUCAUUGAUUGGUUGA